GGGAUUUCCAGCUGGCAAUUGAUCACCGCCCGUUUUGUCCGUUCUGCCUCUCUCUCUCUCUCUCUCUCUCGGUUCUUUGGACUUCCUUGACAUUCUUAAGUAAUUGCCGCACGUUUGCAUUUUCAUAGCCUCGAGCUUCUCAAACAGGCAACUAGAUUUAUUACAUAUAGACAAUGAGCUCCGUCGCCAUGGACAACUCGACGGAAGAAUUGGUCCACGUCAAGAAAGUGUGGGAUAACAUGAAAGGCAACAGUCCCAUCUACGACUUCCUUCUGGCAAACGUUGAAAUCAUAUCGGCGACAAAAGGUCUGGUUGUCUCGCGCUUGACGGUGGAAAACAAUCAUGUCAAUUCUCGAGGCACUAUCCACGGCGCAGUAAGCGCAAGCUUGGUCGACUGGUCUGGCGGCCUUGCGAUUGCUUCGCAUGGAUUGGAGAAGUCUGGGGCAAGCAUUGAUAUUCACGUCACUUAUAUUGGGACUGCUCAGUUAGGGGAUGUCUUGAAUAUUGAGGCCACCGCGUCGAAAGUCGGACGAUCCCUGGCUUUUACCACGAUUAGAAUCAGUAAGCUAGUCGAUGGCCAGCCAGGACCCAUGGUAGCGACGGCAUCACACACAAAAUACAUACAAACCAAGUAAAGAGGGUCACCAGGUGGGUAGCCGUUGGAAGUGGUAGGGAAGGCGAAUGGUAGAGCAUAGAUAGAGAUAGAUGGGUACACCGGUGGUAUCAAUCAACAAUCCCGCCAUCUUGUUGGAGGCUGGCAUGAGAUACAAACUCUAUGCAUGUUCGGUCUCAUUCGAAUGGCGAAAAAUAGGACUGGUCUUCUUAAUGGCAAGAUUUGAAUUCCCGCUCAUUACAAGACUUUGCGUGGUGUUCCGGGUAAUUUAGAAGGAGACGACAAACUACAAAAUUGAAUAGAAGCGUUCAGACGAUAAGAAAAUUUUAGAUAGUGACUUUUUUUUUUGCUCCCCGCUAUUAAAGUAAUGACCAUGGACA